AUCUGAGAGUACAUUUAGUUCUCGCAUAAUUCGCAAAGUAUUUUUCACAGUAGCUACUAAAUGAUCUCAAUUCUUUCGUGUUUUCCUUCGUUCGUAGUUUCUGUGUUUGCGUUAAACAUAGCUAUUAAGGAGAUUUGUAGAUUUUGUCCUCCGGUAGUCAAUUAGUUUCUACUAGUUAAUAAUGUUUUGUCAAAAGGCAUAUUAAUUAGGUAUUUGAAAUGACAUCAACUAUAGUCAAAUUUAACUAUCGAUGAAACAACGAGGCCUAAUGACUCAUUUUAUGUUUUCUGAUUCCAAAGCUCGACAUAGAGACAUGGAAUCGCUUGGCCAAAUAGAAUUUUACGUACAGCGACACCAGUUCCAUCAGUUUACACAACUAACGAACGAAAAGAGAUAGACCAGUGUUUCUUUAACACUCCAUCAAAAGUUUCCAAUCACUGCCUCGAUAAAAAAAAUGGUUAAAAUCAAUAAAGAUGAAUGUUUGCACGUAGUCAUAGCGAAAUGAAACGAGAUUGGAUAUCCGCCAAUAGCUGGCUAUAUUUGUAGAACGCCAUGACAACGGUACGCACCUGUGCCGUAAAUGUUUGGUCAAUACAUCAAGCUAUCAUAAACCUGUACCACAAUGAAUCAGGACGCGAAGAAAAUAUCGAAUAGCAUUUAUGGAAGAGUUAACGCGCCCGCUGUUGAAAGAUGUCGCGUAAACUUUUGCACGGACUUAGAAAAGUCCGUACUGAUGAGCAAUUUCGAGAGACGUGGCUGGAAUCAAGUUGGGCCCGAUGACGAGUGGAACUUCUACUGGGCUUCCACACAGACGUGUAGAAACCUUUUUAGUGUCGAGAGUGGCUACCGCAUGAAUGAUAACCAAAUGAUCAAUCACUUUCCGAACCAUUACGAGCUCUCGAGAAAAGAUUUACUAGUAAAAAACAUAAAAAGGUAUAGAAAGGAAUUAGAAAGGGAAGGUAGUCCUUUAGCAGAGAAGGCUGAAGUUGUUCUACACGGUGGGCAGGUCGUUACUAGGUACGUGCAUUUGGAUUUCGUACCUAUCACUUUUGUUCUACCAGCGGACUACAACAUGUUCGUCGAGGAAUAUCGAAAAUCUCCACAGAGUACUUGGAUUAUGAAGCCGUGUGGGAAAUCCCAAGGUACGGGAAUUUUUCUUAUAAACAAACUAUCGAAGCUGAAGAAAUGGUCCCGUGAGGCGAAAACUCCCUUUCACCCGCAACUGAGCAAAGAAAGCUACGUGAUUUCCCGUUACAUAGACAAUCCUCUACUAAUAGGGGGCAAAAAGUUCGAUCUGAGACUCUACGUGUUGGUAACUUCAUUUAGACCCCUAAAGGCUUAUCUGUUCCAACUCGGCUUUUGUAGGUUUUGCACCGUGAAAUACGAUACGAGUGUAACCGAGUUAGACAAUAUGUACGUACACCUGACGAAUGUUAGCGUGCAAAAGCAUGGAGGUGACUACAACAGUAUCCACGGGGGGAAAAUGAGUGUGCAGAACCUGCGUCUAUUUUUAGAGGGAAGUCGUGGAAGAGCUGUUACAGAGAAAUUGUUCGCAGCGAUGCAGUGGCUAAUUGUUCACUCGUUGAAAGCUGUAGCUUCUGUUAUGGCAAACGACAGACAUUGUUUCGAGUGUUACGGCUACGAUAUCAUUAUAGACAACCAAUUGAAACCGUGGCUAGUUGAAGUGAACGCUUCACCUUCGCUGACAUCGACGACAGUAAAUGAUAGAAUCUUAAAGUACAAGUUAAUUGACAAUAUAAUAUCCGUCGUGCUUCCCCCGGAUGGGGUACCAGAUGUGCGAUGGAAUAAAUUGCCAAGUGCCGAAGCAUUAGGUAAUUUCGAUUUGUUGAUUGAUGAAGAACUUUUGGAGAAAGAUGAGCCAACUUCGGGGAGCCGUAACAGCAAGCACAGAAAGAAUUGAAAAUAUAUUUUCUUACAUUGACUUUGAUUUAACGUGCGGACCUAUUUACGCAACAAAAUGUGAGGUACUUUUAUCUUUAUAAUAUUAGAAUGAGAUUUACUUUCUUAUAAAGUUUUUUGUACAACGCAAGUAUUACUCAUUUUUGAAAAUUAAAAGUCUUUUUACACCAUAACUCGUGUUAACACCGAUAUGACGUCAGUAACUAACCUAAAUGAGCUCAUGAAAGUCCACAUUAAAGUGCAUCAAAGGACGGCGCUUGUGAGGGGUUGUGCACAUGCCGCCAUUAGCAUUUUAAUGUUUGCCGGUGCCGUGGAAAAAUAACACCGGAGGCCAUUUUAUAUGCAAACAAGUAGUUUGCUUGGUACUUUUAUUAACUGUGGACAUUUCUGUCAAUUAAUAAGAGGAGCAGUAGGUAAUAUUUAUAAAAAGAAAAGUCUAGUUUUAAUUUUUAAAAUUUUUAAGCGCACCGGUUAUGGAAUUUUGUGUAAUAAUAAGAUGGUGAUGUUUGGAUUAGAUUUACUGUUUAAAGAUACGUAAUUACACAGAUAUUCAGCUUAGCAGUUACAACAAAUGAUUAAUCUAAAUUCCUGUUCUUGAUUUUCGUUCUCGUUAAUUUAAUUUAUUCGUCUCAUUCUCAUAAUUAUUAUGAAGUACUACUAGUUUUAGUAAUUAUUUAUUUUGAUAGCAGAACAAGUAUUACUGAUGCAUUGUUGCGUAAUCUAUCUUCUGAUAUAUUUGCUUAGGUACCUAUCAUUCGUUAUUGUAAACUUUUUCUGUAAGUAC